ACAUUUCCCCGUUGCGCAGGAGAGGAGGAGUUAGUCUGCUCUCUAUUCGGACCUCUGGCGGAGCGGCUCUCUCUCUCUUGCACACCAACUUUGAGGUGCAAGUCUGUCCUUCUCCUGCACCCACUUCAUCUCGACAUCGGUCUUGGCUGUGACCCAUCACUACAGUCAUGGCACCCAAAAAGAACAAGGCCGCUAAGAAGAGCAAAGCUGAUAUCAAUGAAAUGACAAUUAUGGUAGAGGACAGUCCCACUAAAAUCAAUGGGCUCAACACUCUCCUGGAAUGUGGCAAUGGCUUCAGUUGUAUCUCAACAGAGGUCUCUGAUGCCGCCUAUGCACCCAAUCUCUUGGAGGGUCUUGGCCACAUGAGGCAAGACAGCUUCCUCUGUGAUCUGACUGUCGCAACCAAGUCCAAGUCCUUUGACGUUCACAAGGUUGUGAUGGCUUCCUGCAGCGAGUAUAUCCAAAACAUGCUCAGGAAGGAUCCUUCCCUCAAGAAGAUUGAGCUAAGUGAUUUGUCCCCAGUUGGUCUGGCUACAGUCAUCACAUAUGCCUAUUCUGGAAAACUCACCUUGUCACUGUACACUAUUGGUAGCACGAUAUCAGCAGCCAUGCUGUUGCAGAUCCAUACUCUGGUGAAGAUGUGCAGCGAUUUCUUGAUGCGGGAGACCAGUGUGGAGAACUGCAUGUAUGUUGUCAACAUCGCUGACACAUACAAUCUGAAAGAGACGAAAGAGGCUGCUCAGAAGUUCAUGCGGGAGAACUUCAUCGAGUUCUCGGAAAUGGAACAGUUCCUAAAGCUCACCUACGAGCAGAUCAACGAAUUUCUCACAGACGACUCUCUUCAAUUGCCCUCUGAGCUCACAGCUUUCCAGAUUGCGAUCAAGUGGCUAGACUUUGAUGAGAAGAGACUGAAGUAUGCUCCUGAUCUGCUGUCCAACAUUCGCUUUGGAACCAUCACACCCCAGGACCUUGUUAGUCACGUACAGAACGUUCCCAGGAUGAUGCAAGAUUCCGAGUGCCACCGUCUGUUGGUCGAUGCCAUGAAUUACCACCUGCUGCCAUUCCAGCAGAAUAUUCUGCAAUCCAGAAGAACCAAGGUCCGCGGCGGCCUCCGAGUACUGCUCACGGUGGGUGGACGGCCUGCGCUAACCGAAAAAUCUCUCAGCAAGGACAUUCUCUACAGGGAUGAGGACAAUGUCUGGAACAAGUUGACGGAGAUGCCCGCAAAGAGCUUCAAUCAGUGUGUGGCUGUUUUGGAUGGCUUCCUUUAUGUGGCUGGUGGUGAAGACCAGAAUGAUGCAAGGAACCAAGCAAAACAUGCCGUCAGCAAUUUCAGCAGAUAUGACCCCCGAUUCAACACGUGGAUCCACCUGGCUAACAUGAUUCAAAAGCGCACUCAUUUCAGCCUCAACACCUUCAAUGGCCUCCUGUUCGCUGUAGGGGGACGCAAUUCUGAAGGCUGCCAGGCAUCUGUCGAGUGCUACGUUCCAUCCUCUAACCAAUGGCAAAUGAAAGCUCCAAUGGAAGUCCCUAGAUGUUGCCAUGCCAGCACAGUUAUCGACGGCAAGAUCUUGGUUAGCGGCGGUUACAUUAACAAUGCCUACUCUCGCGCCGUAUGUUCUUAUGACCCAUCCACCGAUAGCUGGCAGGAUAAGAACAGCCUGAGCAGCCCGAGAGGAUGGCACUGCUCAGUGACCGUCGGAGAUCGUGCCUACGUCCUCGGCGGCAGCCAACUGGGCGGACGUGGCGAGAGGGUAGACGUCUUGCCGGUUGAAUGCUACAACCCUCACAAUGGCCAGUGGAGCUACGUCGCCCCCUUGCUCACAGGGGUGAGCACAGCUGGCGUUGCCACCUUGAAUAACAAGAUUUACCUCCUGGGUGGGUGGAAUGAGAUUGAGAAGAAGUAUAAAAAAUGUAUUCAGGUCUUUAACCCCGAUCUUAACGAUUGGACUGAGGACGACGAAUUGCCAGAGGCUACGGUUGGUAUCUCAUGUUGUGUUGUGACCAUCCCCACACGCAAAACACGAGAGUCGAGGGCUAGCUCUGUGUCAUCUGCACCAAUUAGUAUAUAAGGAGCGAGAGAGCAGUGGGGAAAUGUUUCUAGUUGUAAUUGAGUACAAUUUUUUUAUUACUAUUUGUUAAAGGUCAACUUUUCUCACAGAUGCUAAGACUGUCAGUUCAUAGCAAUCUCAGGAAUGUUGAAUGUCAAAUCACAACAUAGAAAAUCACAAAUUGACAAUUAUUUAUAUAAGCCACUGUUUAAAAUUGGGGGGAAAAAAGGAUUGAUUUAACAUUUAUUUAAAGAUGGUUCAAAGGUUGUGGGAACAUGGAAAGUGAGAGAGAUUUGGCUUGGAGGUAGAUGGAAAAGGAAAUGCAUACAAACAAUGCAUAUCUGUAAAAUCAAGUCAUCAUUUUCAUUGCAAAGUGGGGCCAGUUCUCCAGUUAUGAUUGAAUUAGUCCCAAAGUGAGUUAAUUACAACAUUUUAGACAUUCUCCUUUGAUUAACAAACAAUGAUGCAGAAACUUAUUAAAGCAUUAUUUUCUAAUGUUGCCAUUCUUAUUGCACUGUACACAUGCAAGCUUGUAAUUCAUAUUUAUGUUGGAUACACUAGGUUUUUCAUUUCGCCUACUCCUUUAGGUGUUUGUGCAGCCGGACAGUUUAUUUAAUCAUGUAAUACACCACCAAAGUGCUGCUGGCUCUUGGAAAUCCAAGCAAGUCAAUUAUAAGCAGGGUUGGUUGCAGGAGGGAUGACACAAACAUUGUCUUUAGUUCUCAAUCAUUAGGCCCCAGGGAAUAACAAAGGUGUCCCCUGCCCUGUAAAACUGUAGCGGUGGCCCUGUUUAUAACCCAGUUUGCACUGUAAAAAUACAAAAGCAGAAAGUGUGAUGAUGUGAAAACACUGAAUAUAGGGAAUAAAAGGAUUUACAGUGGUGGCAUUUUUUUUUUUUUUUGAAAACUGAAUAAAUAAAUAAUUGUUUAAAAAAAAAGAAGGUUUGGCCUGAACUGUCUACAGGACAAAUACAGACAUCUGCUUUGUUUACUGAUGGUUCAUGAACUUUAAUGUUCUGGUUAAAACAGAAAUGUGACAACUGGACACAACUGAUUUAUUACUUUAAUAAGACAUUGCUUAUCAAUGUAAAUCAUUGGAUUGCAUUUAGGAUAUACAUACUGUAAUACAUGUUGUCAAAUAAUAAAGCUCUGCAUAUUUAUUAAAGCUUCUUAAGAAACGUU